AUGGUGGUGAGAUCUGGCGGUGGAGUUCGUGAUCGUUCACUCUCGGUUCCUCCGCUACGUCUUCUCACCUUCUCUCUCCUUCUCUCUACUUCUCUCCCCUCGUUACAUGACCACUCACUUCCUCUCUUUCACUUUUCUCUCAACCUCUCGCAACUCUCUCUCUCUCUUUUGCAGGUCGGCGCUAGGGUUCUCGAGGAGGAAGGAGAAGCAUCUCCUUUGAGAAGCUCACGAUCGAGAAAAGAAAAGGGGUCUUGGGCCUCUUGGGCGUUUCAAAUCAAUUAA